CCGCAGGGAGUCCUGUGAGGACUGGGCCGGACGCCCGCGGAAAAGAUUUAUGACAAAGUCCAGUUUUCAACAAUGCUGAAAUCAAAUGAUUGCUUGUUUUCUUUGGAUAAUUUGUUUUUUGAAAAACCAGAUGAAGUUGAAAACCAUCCAGAUAAUGAAAAGUCAUUGGAUUGGUUUCUCCCUCCUGCUCCAUUGAUUUCAGAAAUUCCAGAUACUCAGGAGUUAGAGGAAGAAUUAGAAAGUCAUAAACUGUUAGGUCAGGAAAAGAGGCCAAAAAUGUUAACAUCAAAUUUAAAGAUAACUAAUGAAGGCACGAAUUAUAUUUCACCAACACAAAAAUUCCAAUUUGCCUUUCCUUCUGAUAAAUAUGAACAGGAUGAUUUAAAUUUAGAAGGGGUAGGUAAAAAUGACUUAUCACAUGUUGCUGGCAAGCUGACAUAUGGUUCUCAGAAGUAUAAAAAUCACAUUGGCACUGAGAUAGCACCUGAGAGGAGUGUUCCUGAUGAUACAAAAUUAGUUAAUUUUGCAGAAGAUAAAGGAGAGAACACAUCAGUGUUCCGGAAAAGAUUAUUUAAAAUAUCUGACAAUAUACAUAGGAGUGCUUAUUCCAAUGACAGUGAAUUGGACUCUCACAUUGGCUCAGUGAAAAUUGUACAAACAGAAAUGAACAAAGGGAAAUCAAGGAACUAUAGCAGUAGUAAGCAGAAAUUUCAAUAUUCUGCAAAUGUGUUUACAGCAAAUAAUGCUUUUUCUGCUUCUGAAAUCAGAGAAGGCAUGUUCAAAGCACCAUCUUUUCCAGUUGCUUUCCAGCCUCAUGAUAUUCAAGAGGUAACAGAAAAUUGUUUAGGUUCCUUGAAGGCUGUCACAGAAAUUCCGGCAAAAUUUAGAAGUAUUUUCAAAGAAUUUCCAUAUUUCAACUAUAUACAGUCCAAAGCCUUUGAUGAUCUUCUUUACACAGAUAGGAAUUUUGUGAUUUGUGCUCCAACUGGUUCUGGAAAAACUGUAGUGUUUGAACUAGCUAUAACAAGAUUGUUAAUGGAAGUACCAUUGCCAUGGUUGAAUAUUAAAAUUGUUUACAUGGCACCAAUAAAAGCCUUGUGUAGUCAGCGUUUUGGUGACUGGAAAGAAAAAUUUGGACCAAUAGGAUUGAAUUGUAAAGAACUUACCGGAGAUACAGUAAUGGAUGACCUAUUUGAGAUUCAGCAUGCCCAUAUUAUUAUGACAACUCCUGAAAAAUGGGAUAGCAUGACUAGGAAAUGGAGAGACAACUCUUUGGUUCAACUGGUUCGACUGUUUCUCAUUGAUGAGGUACAUAUUGUAAAAGAUGAAAAUCGUGGUCCAACUCUUGAAGUUGUAGUCAGCAGAAUGAAAACUGUACAGUCUGUGUCUCAGACUUUAAAAAAUACCAGCACUGUUAUUCCAAUGCGAUUUGUAGCUGUAUCUGCAACAAUUCCAAAUGCUGAGGAUGUGAGUUACAAUUUUAGCUGAGCUCUUAGGUUUUUUAUGACUUAUGACAUAUUUAGUUAUUUUGAUCUUAGAGAAAAGUGAAUUUUUUUGUACUUUGCUUUAAUAGGAAAGUAUGUUGUAGAAAGUUGUGGCUAGAUCUCAUAAAUAUGACAGUAUUAAGGCCAUAAAAUUUGGUUAAUCAAGUUUAAUAAAAUAUUUUUUGUGGACAUGUGGACAUCUCUUGUUUGCUAGUAUCUAAAAGUCUUAGUUUCAUGGGUCUCAGGUGCCUCAUAAUAACUUCACUAAUAAUAUGUGAUGGUUGUUGUAACUAGCUGACUCUAAUUGUAUAGCGAAGUAUGGUGGAGAAUAAAAAUAAUUGCUUAGAUGAUUACCACUUGCUCCUCAAUUCUGUAUGCUUGGCAUUGUGGUAAGCACUAACAAUAGAUGCAAAAGUGAAAAUACGUGGACUCCAUCCUUGAGGAGGAUCUCAUGGUUAAUGAGGUACAUGGACAUGUAAAGAAAUAAUAAUAUGCCAUAUUGUCCUUUCCAUAAUGAAUAUAUGACUUAAUUUUUUCUUCAAUUUUUAAGUAAACGUCUUG